AGUCCUGUGAGGUGCUUGUUGGAGGUUAAUUGACGAUUACACGCUAAGCGAUAUCAACAUGUCUGGACGCGGAAAAGGAGGAAAGUCGAAGACCAAGGCGAAGACGAGGUCUUCCCGCGCGGGACUACAGUUUCCUGUGGGCCGUAUCCAUCGUCUACUCCGUAAAGGCAACUACGCCGAACGCGUUGGAGCCGGUGCGCCCGUGUACCUCGCGGCAGUGUUAGAGUAUCUAGCUGCCGAAGUUCUCGAGCUGGCGGGAAAUGCGGCCCGUGACAAUAAAAAAACCCGUAUCAUUCCCAGGCAUUUACAGCUGGCCAUUCGCAAUGACGAAGAGCUGAACAAGCUGCUAUCCGGCGUCACAAUCGCACAGGGCGGUGUACUUCCUAACAUCCAAGCCGUGCUACUGCCCAAGAAGACCGAAAAGGCGCAAGCAUAAACAGCCGGAUGGCAAUUCAACUCAAAGACAGGAUAAAAGCACAGCUCUGUUCGGAACCAACCCUCCGUAAACUACGUCAAAGAAAAAAAACUUCAACAAAGUUAGAUCUGCGAGCCGAAUGUGUACUCUCUGUAAAGUUACCUUUCACACCCAUUGUAUUACCUAAAAAGCUGGAUACAAUCAGUUCAUAGGACGAUAUAGUGACCGUCCCCAUUGGGUGGUUAAAAUAUUAACGUGUGAUAUUAUUGCCUAUUAAUUGCGGUUCUGUCAGGUGUUUUCGUAUUUGACGAUACGGUGCGGCGAUUUCGUUAGACAAAAAGUUUAGCAUAUCACUACUUCUACACAUCGAUUCGACACGACGCGACACUGUGCGAGUGUGAACAGGUCCCAAAACAAUGACGCACGUAAAAUAAUCUUUUCGACCAGCGAAUUCAGCAAAUAAUGGCUUUCAUAUGAUAACGGUAACUGAUGGUAAUGAUGGUAACGCUGGCGAUGACGCUCAUCAUAAAAUAGGAACGAAACUUAAUUGUGAUGU